UUAUUUAAUAGCUCUAUUAUCAGAUAUCUGAUUAGUCUUCAAUCGCGAGCAAUAAGCUUCAAAAGUAAAACAUAAAGCUAAUCUAAAAAUGAACAAACUUAAGUUUUGUACUCCAGAGCAGAAGAAAUGUUGGCAGGACAAUGGAUACGUAAAACUUACCAAUGUCUUUACACCAAAAGAAAUAGAAGAAAUGUCUGCUGAGUACGACGAACUGUUCGAGCGCAAAAGACGGGAAGACUUGGCAGGUUUGGAGUCAGCUUGGGCUGGAAAUGACAUGAAAAAUUUAUCUGGCAACCGCAAUGUUACUGUAAAAUCCAUCCACAACCUCCAGAUGCACAGCGCAGUUUUCACCCGCGUGAUAACAAACUCCAAUUUGCUAGACGCGAUGGAAGACAUCAUGGGCACCAAGGACAUUCUUUUGCACCAUACCAAAGCUCACAUCAAGCCACCAGAGAAAGGAGCUCCCUAUUUAAUGCACCAAGACUACCCGUACUUCCCUCACAAGAAGCACACUAUGCUGGCAAUCUUCAUUCAUCUUGAUGACACUACUCCAGAGAACGGCGGGCUGGCUAUUUACCCUGGAAGCCACAAGUUGGGACCUCUUCCUCCGAAGAAAAUUAUUGAUGAAAAGAACGAAGCUUAUCAUUACGUAGAUCCUGAAAAAUAUCCGCUGUCCAAAGCUACUCCAGUCAGUGCUAAAAAGGGAGAAAUAAUCGCUUUUACUUACUUGACUCUUCAUGGAUCGUACUUAAAUCUUUCUGACAGACCUAGACGCAUGUUUUUGAUUCAACUGAGGGCUGCUGAUGACGAGCCUACUGAAGAUACUCAUAAGUCUCCUUGUCAGGAGUUGGUUUUAAGAGGAAGAAAUGUUUAUCGUAGUGCUAAUAUGGCUCACAGAUUUGCUCAUUGA